AUGGCCUCCUGGCCGGCCUGUGGCAAGGCGAAUCCGCCUCUUAUUCGCGCCUAUCCGGCGCAAACGCCUCACAAGGCUUGCAGUAGUUAUCCCGCUGGCUUAUCUGAGGGCAUUGCAGCCUCGACAGCCUCGCGAAACGUUGCCUCGCCCUGCCUCGCCCGUCUCCCCGAGUUACUGCACUGCCGCCUGCCUGCCUGCCUGCCUGCCUGCCUACCUGCCUUGCCAUGCGUUGGUGAAAGUGUCAGAAUGACACACACCCAGUAG